UAGCAUCAGAUCACGGCCUCCUCCUUAAGAAGAACAAAGUUCCAUCUUCCUCUCUCACACCCAAAAGUGUUUUCCCCAAACCUGAAAACCCUCCAACUCAAAACCCCCAAAUUCCCUCCUUUCUCUCUUUAAAUCUCUCCAACUCCCAUCAUCUCAACCAAACCUGCUACCUCAUCACCUCCAUUUCUCACGCAUUGCCACCACAAAUGCAAAAACCUAAACCACGAACUUCAAAUUCAGCUGCGUCGUUUUAGUCCUCUGAAGCUCGUCUGAUUUCGCUUCCUUGUUCCUCAUCUCAGCUCUCUCUACGGUCAGUUAUCUUCAUCUGGGUUCAAAUUUCUUAGUGUAGUUCCAGCAUAAGUUUGAAUUAUCGAAAUUGAUGGAAAUUUAGAGACUGUAAUCAUGACUAUCAUCAUCUUCAUGUAAAUUCUACUCGGUAUGGACUAUAAGCCUCUGGCCAGUGGGAGCGAUGUGGUUGAAUUUGACCUUGGUGGUUCUGUGGAAGAUGACACCAUUGCUCUGGACUUAGAACACCCAGAUGAUGGCUAUGAUCUUUUUGAAGAAGACGAUUUAGUCCAACUUGCCUCUAGUUCCACUAGGUUUGGUGAUGAUUUGGGUAAUGGGGACCCCAAUCUUGAACCUUAUGAGGGGAUGGAAUUCGAUUCCGAACAGGCCUCCCGCAUUUUCUACAAUUCUUAUGCAAGGAGAGUUGGUUUUAGUACCCGGGUAAGUGUGUACCAGCGUUCACGCCGCGAUGGCUCCAUCAUAUGCCGGCAGAUUGUGUGUUCCCGGGAAGGGUUUCGGCGUGAUGGAGGUGAAAAUAGGUCUAAAAGGCAGCGGACAAUCACUAGAGUUGGCUGCAAGGCACAGAUGACUGUGAAGAAACAGAGUUCAGGAAGAUGGGCAGUUUCGAAAUUAGUGAAGGAACAUAACCAUGAGCUUGUACCGCCGGAUAAGGUGCAUUGUCUCCGUUCGCAUAGGCAUGUCUCUGGUCCUGCUCGGAGUCUGAUUGAUACCCUUCAAGCGGCCGGGAUGGGUCCCAGUGGGGUGAUGUCUGUGCUCAUCAAGGAAUCAGGGGGAAUUAAUAAUGUUGGCUUCACAAAAGUUGAUUGCCAGAAUUACAUGAGCAGUAGCAGGCAGAGAACUCUUGGGAGUGGGGGUCAGCUUGUUUUUGACUAUUUGAAGCGAAUGCAGGAUGAGGAUCCUGGCUUCUUUUGUGCCGUCCAGGGUGAUUUUGAGAACUCAACAGGUAACAUAUUCUGGGCUGAUUCAAAUUCAAGAAUGAACUAUAGUUACUUUGGAGACACUGUUACAUUUGACACAACAUAUAGAACAAAUCGAUACCGGGUUCCAUUUGCUCCAUUUACUGGGUGGAAUCAUCAUGGACAGCCGGUGUUAUUUGGAUGUGCAUUACUCCUUAAUGAGUCAGAGUCCUCGUUUGUUUGGCUAUUCCAGACUUGGUUAGCUGCUAUGUCUGGCUGCCAACCUGUCUCAAUCACAACAGACCAGGAUAGAAUCAUCAGGGCUGCUGUUGUGCAAGUAUUUCCUGGAACCCGCCACCGCUUUUGCAAAUGGAAUGUGUUCAGGGAAGCUCAGGAGAGGUUGUCCCACAUUUAUCAGUCACACCCGACCUUUGAAGCCGAGUUCCUGAGGUGCAUUAAUGUGACAGAGACGAUUGAUGAAUUUGAGAUAUGUUGGGAGUCCCUUCUUAAAAUGUAUGAUCUUGAUAGUAAUGAAUGGCUUCAGUCAAUGUACCAUGCUCGCCAGCAAUGGGUGCCAGUUUUCCUUCGUGAUACAUUUUUUGGGGAGAUGUUUGUAACCCAAGGAAGUGAUAAUAUAAACUCAUACUUUGAUGGCUAUAUAAAUGCAUCCACGAAUAUUCAGGUGCUGAUAAAGCAGUAUGAAAAAGCAAUUGCCACUCGCCAUGAAAAGGAAGUAAAGGCUGAUUAUGAUACAUUGAACAUCUCUCCAAUUCUAAGGACUCCAUCUCCUAUGGAAAAGCAAGCUGCAAAACUUUAUACGAGGAUAAUAUUCAUGAAGUUCCAAGAAGAAUUGGUCGAAACACUUGCUUAUCCGGCAACUGUGGUCGAUGAUACAGGAUCAGAAACCAUGUUUCGGGUUGCAAAAUUUGGGGAAGACCACAAAGGGCACUUUGUUAAGUUCAAUGUUUUUGAGAAGAAAGCUAGUUGUAGCUGCCAAAUGUUUGAGAUUUCAGGUAUUAUUUGCAGGCACAUAUUAGCAGUUUUCAGAGUAACCAAUGUUCUUACACUUCCGUCCCACUAUAUAUUGAAACGUUGGACCAGAAAUGCCAAAAGUGGAGUUCUGUUGGAUGAGCAUGCUCUUGGAUUGCCAAAUGAUUCGCACGAUUCCUCUGCUGCUCGGUAUGACAAUCUACGAAGGGAAGCUAUCAAAUAUGUAGAAGAAGGGGCAGAAUCUGAGUGUGUUUAUAAUGUGGCAAUGGACGCUCUUCGUGAGGCUGCUAACAAGGUUGCUGCUGCGAAGAAGCAUGGUCCUGGAGUUGUACAACAUACUCCAAAGAAUUGCAGCCAGCAGCUUGUGUCUUGUACCGUGGAUCAGGACAAGAAAAUUGAGGAAUUGGCAGCUGAGUUGGAAAUUGCUAUUCAGCGUUGUGAAGCAUAUCAAGCAAAACUGCUUACUAUUUUGAAGGACAUGGAAGAGCAGAAGUUAAAGUUAUCAGUGAAUGUUCGGAAUGUAAGGCUAAAUCUCAAAAUGUCGAACCAUUCCACUCCUUUCAUGUAAAGUACCAAGACCAGUUCAAGAGGGCAUUUGACUGGCUGGGUUAGCUUUCAUCGUCAUGUGGGGUAGUUACUGGUUAAUGACAAGUAGAAUAUAUUAAGGAAGAGGGUUUUUUUUUUUCCUUGCAGUAUGCCUGUUGUAAUGUAAAUUAUGCAGAGCUGUAAUUCUAUGUAACAGUAGAAUAGAGGAUGGAGAUAAUAAUUAACCUUUUCUCAAUCACUUUGUAUAUAAAGGUUCUGUUAUGAGUA